AUAUUUUGUCUGUGCACUAAUGCACAUCUUCGAAUUAUACAUCUUUCAAAGAAAUGUUUACAUUUAGGACGAAAUGGAUACAAUAAAAAAGACAGUCGUGGAGAAGAAUCGUGCGUAUCUUAAAGAUAUUUGCACAAACGAAUUACAAAGCAUGUAUGAUAUAUUGAUCAAACCAAAAGUAAUCAAGGGGACGUACGUGAAGUCAGGUGGAUAUAAAAUGUACAGAGAGGAUUUUGCGAGGAUUAGGGAAAACGUCAAACAGAGGCUGUCCAGAGCUGAUUCGAAUUUACUGCAGAUGAGUGCCCUAGACUUUGAAAGAAGAUAUCGAAAACAAGAUGAAGAAAUUUUGGAGAAAGCGAAUAUGACCGAAUCACAAAUAAAGGCGGAAAUGCAAGAACAACACGAAAAACUUGAACUUGAAAAGUCUGAGCUCAUCCAAAAAAUGGAAUUAAAGAGAAAGGAAGAGGCAGAAAAACUAGAGCUUUAUAAAGAAGAACUGUCAGCACAAAGGGAACAGGAAAGACAAGAAUUAAAAGAAAAAUAUGAACAAAGCGUACGUGAUUGGCAGAAGGGGAAAGAAGAUCUUGAAAGCAAACUAAAGGAACAGGCUGAUGUAAUUUCCAAACUUUGCAAGCAAGCUCAACCUUCGGCGGCAAAUACACAAGUUCAAAAGCCUGCCUUGAAGGAAACAGUGUUAAAAACAAUGUUUAGCUUAUUACCUGUUGUCGGUCCUAUAGCAACUGGAAUUUAUGAACGUUAUUCAUCAACAUGAAUCGAAACUCGUUUGUACAUAAGCCAUUUUACAUUAACCAGAAAGUUCCUUUUUACUAUAGGUUUUUAAGAAAAACUGAAAUUUUUGCCUUGUCGAUCAUUACAGUACGGCGAAUGACAUUUUUUAACAAUAUCAGAAGGAAGAAUCUUUAUCAGUGGAGGAAAUGGAGAUAUUGAAAGAUAUAACUAUAUAUCAAACCAGAAUUAUCAAAACUACAAUGGAAGACUAAACAGGGGUGCUGAUUACGUUCUUUAAAGUAAAAAGCUUUUAAUUUCAUUUCCUUUGUGUGCUGUAUUCUUACAUCCGGAGCUUUAUAUGAUACGUUUGUCAUUAAUUAUUAAAAUGUUUCCUACUGUACCUUGUUUCAUGCAAUUGUCGGUAAUUCCUACAAG